AUUUUUUCACGUUUUCUGGAUACUCAAAAGCCAUCUGCUGGAAUUGACAGUAUUUCCAAAACAGCAAGGUUUGCUGAAACAAGGAGGGCAAUGGAGUUGCACAUCGCCGUGGAUGCCCUGCCGCUCGUGUUCGCGCUGAUCUGCGUGGCUUUUGGGUCUCGGCCGAGGCUGGAGGAUGCCCCGCCCCGGAUCGUGGAGCACCCUUCUGACCUGAUUGUGUCCAAGGGAGAGCCAGCAACCCUCAACUGCAAGGCGGAGGGGCGCCCCACGCCCAUGGUGGAGUGGUACAAGGACGGGGAGCGGGUGGAGACGGAUCGGGAGGAUCCCCGAUCGCAUCGCAUGCUGCUGCCGAGUGGGUCCCUCUUCUUCCUGCGCAUCGUCCACGGCCGCCGCAGCAAGCCCGACGAGGGCGUCUACGUUUGCGUCGCCCGCAACUACCUGGGGGAGGCUGUCAGCCGCAACGCCUCGCUGGAGGUGGCCAUUCUGCGUGACGACUUCCGGCAGACUCCAAGUGACGUGGUGGUGGCAGCGGGGGAGCCAGCAGUCAUGGAGUGCAUCCCCCCGCGAGGUCACCCUGAGCCCACGAUCUCCUGGAAGAGGAACAACGUGCGGGUGAAUGACAAGGACGAGCGCAUCACUAUUCGGGGGGGCAAGCUGAUGAUCUCAAACACCCGGAAGAGUGACGCAGGAAUGUACGUGUGUGUGGGCACCAACAUGGUGGGGGAGAAGGACAGUGACCCCGCGGAGCUGGUGGUGUUUGAGCGGCCGAUGUUUGUGAAGAAGCCAGUGAACCAGGUGGUGCUGGCGGAGGACACCGUGGACUUUCUGUGUGAGGUGCAUGGAGACCCCACCCCAACGGUGCGCUGGCGAAGAGAGGAAGGAGAACUGCCCCGGGGGAGGUACGAGAUCCGCAGUGACAACAGCCUGCGCCUGUCCCGGGUCCGCGCAGAGGACGAGGGCACCUACACUUGUGUGUCAGAGAACAGCGUGGGCAAGGCUGAGGCCUCUGGCACCCUGCAAGUCCAUGUUCCCCCGCAGAUCGUGAUCCGACCCCGGGACCAGAUCUCUGCUCAGGGACGCACUGUCACCUUCCUCUGUGGGACCAAGGGCAACCCUCCACCGGCUGUUUUCUGGCAGAAAGAAGGGAGUCAGAUUUUGCUGUUUCCCAGUCAACCCCCUGCGCAGUCCGGACGUUUCUCUGUGUCCCUGAGCGGGGAGCUGACCAUCACUGAUGUCCAGAUCGAGGAUUCUGGGUACUACAUAUGCCAGGCCAUCAGUGUAGCGGGUAGCAUCCUAACCAAGGCCCAGCUGGAGGUGGAGAGUGCUCCAUCAGACCGUAUCCCCCCAAUCAUCCGCCAAGGUCCGGCCAAUCAGACGCUGGCUCUGGGAGCCACCGUCCACCUGCAGUGUCACGUGAUGGGAAACCCCCCACCCAGCAUCCAGUGGGAGAAGGAUGGCCAGAGAAUUCUGGGAAACGAUGCCCGCAUUACCCUAAUGGAAAAUGGCACUCUGCAGAUCGUAGGCCUGCAGGAAACGGACUCUGGGGUGUACACCUGCGUUGCCUCCAGUUCCAGCGGGGAGACGAGCUGGAGCGGAGUUCUCACGGUGAAAGAGGGCGGAGCCCCAUCUGUCCCUCAGGUCUCUGAACCAAUCCAGCUGCCUGGCCCGCCCCAGAAACCUGUGGUGACGGAUGUAACCCGAAACAGUGUGACUCUGACGUGGCAGCCCAACCCGCAUGAAGGGGGCGCUGCCGUAACCUCUUACAUCAUCGAGGCCUUCAGCCUAUCAGCGGGCAGCACCUGGCAGACGGUGGCCGACAUGGUGAAGCUGGAGAAGCACACAGUCAGUGGCCUCUACCCCAACACCAUCUACCUCUUCAUCGUCCGAGCGGUCAACGCCUAUGGCCUGAGCGACCCGAGCCCCAUCUCCGAGCCCGUCCGCACACAAGACGUGAGCCCAACGGGACAGGGCGUGGACCACAGGCAGGUGCAGAGGGAGCUGGGAGAGGUGGCCGUGCAGCUGCAGGAGCCCGCGGUUCUGACCGCCUCCAGCAUCCAGGUCUCCUGGACGGUUGACCGUCAGUCCCAGUACAUCCAGGGUUACCGGCUGCUGUACCGGCCCAGAGGCGGCACGUGGCUGGUCCAGGAUGUGAAGGCGGCCCCAGAGCGUAGCGCCAUCAUAGCCGACCUGCGCAAAGGCACGGAGUACGAGAUCAAGAUCCGGCCGUACUUCGACGAGUUCCAGGGCAUGGACAGCCAGCUGCUGCUGGUCCGCACGCCUGAGGAGGUUCCAAGUGCCCCACCUCAAGCUGUUACUGUGGAGACAGUCAAGCUGAGCAACAGCUCGAGCAUUAGUGUUUCGUGGGAGCCUCCCCCUGCUGAGGCACAGAAUGGAAUCAUCCAGGAGUACAAGGUCUGGUGCCUCGGCAACGACACACAGACGCGGUACCACAUCAACAAGACGGUGGAUGGCAACAUCCUGUCGACAGUGCUGAAGGGCCUGCUGCCCGGGAUCUUGUACCAGGUGGAGGUGGCCGCGGUAACCAGUGCAGGAGUGGGCGCCCGCAGCCAGUCUGUGUCUGUCCUCAUCAAGCUUCCCGCCGAGCAGGCGCCCGUGCCAGCCGAGCCGGACGAGAAUGUCAGCCUGGCAGAGCAGAUCACGGACGUGGUGAAGCAGCCAGCCUUCAUCGCGGGCAUCGGAGGCGCCUGCUGGGUCAUCCUCAUGGGCUUCAGCGUCUGGAUCUACUGCCGCCGCAAGAAGAGGAAGGAGCUGAGCCACUACACCGCCUCCUUCGCCUACACCCCCGCAGUCGGCUUUCCUCAUGGUGAGGGAUCAGGACUCAAUGGAAGGCCUGGCAUGCUGGGCACCAACAUGGGCAACUACCCCUGGCUGGCCGACUCCUGGCCCACCACCAACCUCGUCCACAGUGGGAAGGACUCAGUCAACUGCUGCACCAGCAAGCACGACUCAACGGAAAGAUACUACAAUGAGGCGGGCAUUUCCAACUACCUGAGCCAGAAUGAGAAGUACAGCUCCGGCUCCAACGAAGGCCCCAUCUACAGCACCAUCGAGCCAACCGGCGAGGACCUGCGCAGCUUCAACACGCCUUACUCCCAGCACGCCACGCCCUACGCCAGCACCCCCGUCAUGCCCUUCUCCGGCCAGGGGCCCUGCAGCCCCGAGCAAGAGGGCGGCCACUGGAUGGCCCAGCCCGGGCCGUCCGGCGCUCAGUACGCCCAACCAGACCGCUCGCGGACGGAGAACGCUGCGAAACAGGCGAAGGGGAAGUCGAUGGGGAAGCCGGUAAAGACCCCAUCUCUGAACUGGGCUGAGGGACUGCCCCCACCCCCCAGCUCGGGGGAGCUGCAGGAGUGCACGGAGGGGGCCGAGAGGGACGCCGAUGACGAAGACUUGGGCUCCGAUGAAGAGGACUGGUGCCCGCCCCUGCCGGAGAGGACGUACCUGAUGGACGAGCUCCCGGAGGACAGCCCUGCCCCCCCACCGCGGGGCGAGGCCUCAUCCCCUGCCACCUCAUACAGCCACCAGUCCACAGCCACCCUCACCCCCUCCCCCCGCGAAGAGGGGCGGCCCAGCGAGGACAUCCCGCGCCUGCACCACUUCGAUGUGCCCCAGCUGGCACGCAGGGUGCCGUGUGGGCCGGUCCCAGUCCCACGGGCCCCCAGCCCACCCCUCACCCAGUCCAACCCCAACCUCUCAGCCAAUCACGAGGGCCUGGAGGGCGGCACGCCGCAGCGCUCCGCCCACCGACGGGACCUCAGCCAGGGGGCAGCCCUGAGCACGGAAAACGUCAGCGCAGGCCGAGCUCGCCUCUCCCCUGCAGAGAACUCGAACACGCCCCCAGGACAGAAAUCCAGAGCCAAAAAGAAAUCGUCCAAAAGCGCGCAGUACAGGAGAGAGCUGAACCAAGGAGACCUCCCCCCUCCCCCAGAGCCCCCCCCUGCAGACGAGGCCCCACGACCCCUGGCGGGAGCCCUGGACUGUGGCCAGACCUCGCUGGACCGAGAAGGAAACGCAGUCUCAUUGAUGGAGAGGAGAGAGCACAGCGCCCCCCACAGGAAGGGAGCGGCACAGUGGCGCAAAGAAGAUGAGGACAUAAUCCCUUACAACAAACCCAGCUUCCUCGCCAGGGGCCAGAUGUCGAGCAGUUGUUCUACGACAGGAAGCUCGUCAUCACGAGGGUCCACGGGGUCACGGGGACCUGGGACGGGCAGGAAGCGGAAUGAGGAAAUGAGAUAAGUGGAACCAGAUGACCUGUCAUAAAGUUCUUCACUCUGCGUUCCUGUGUUGCCUCCAUUUUUUAAAAACACUCACCUCUUUCUAUGGAAGAAAACAGCAAGAAGACGAGAAGAAGAGUGUACAGGAUUACUGUCUGCCUUGUCAAAUUUGAAUGACUGUCUUUAAGAUUUUUUUUUCUAAAUAUUAUUUAUGAUU